UAUUGUGCACAUACCUCAUAUCACUCGGACCGCUUAAAAUUUUCCCAAUUUUAUUAUAUAUAUGGGGUAAAAUCUUGAAUAAUUUUCGAACCCUUCAUUUGUUUCCUUUGAUACACAUACGAACAGAAAUUAGCAAGUUCGCUUAACAUGGCUGAAAGGGGAAUCGGGUCACCGGGAAGUUCCAUGCACGGAGUAACUGGCAAAGAACAAAGCUUCGCCUUCUCCGCGGCCAGAGAUCAAACAGUCCCCACUGAUUCAACAGCUCAAUUUGCACUACCAGUUGAUUCUGAACACAAGGCCACAGUUUUCAAGAUUUAUUCUUUUGCAAAUCCGCACAUGAGAGCUUUCCACCUCUCCUGGAUUUCUUUCUUUACCUGCUUCGUCUCCACUUUUGCAGCUGCCCCCCUCGUUCCCAUCAUCCGCGACAACCUGAACCUGACAAAACGAGAUAUUGGGAAUGCGGGCAUAGCCUCCGUUUCAGGCAGCAUUUUCUCAAGGCUAGUGAUGGGAGCGGCCUGUGAUUUGUUGGGCCCGAGAUAUGGGUGCGCGUUCUUGAUCAUGCUGUCGGCCCCAACAGUGUUUUGCAUGUCAUUUGUAUCAUCGGCAGGGGGAUAUGUGGCUGUCAGGUUCAUGAUUGGGUUCUCUCUGGCGACGUUUGUUUCAUGCCAGUUCUGGAUGAGCACUAUGUUUAAUGGUAAGAUUAUAGGGCUGGUUAAUGGGACUGCCGCCGGGUGGGGGAAUAUGGGAGGAGGGGCGACUCAGCUGCUGAUGCCGCUGCUUUAUGAGGGGAUCAAGAGAGCGGGAGCUACGCCAUUUACUGCCUGGAGGAUUGCGUUUUUCGUGCCUGGAUGGAUGCAUGUGAUCAUGGGCUUCUUGGUUUUAGGCCUGGGACAAGAUCUUCCGGAUGGAAAUCUUGGAACACUGCAGAAGCAAGGAGACGUUCCCAAAGAUAAAUUUUCCAAGGUACUUUGGUACGCCAUUACAAACUACAGAACAUGGAUAUUUGUUCUCCUGUAUGGAAUGUCCCUGGGCGUCGAAUUAACCACGGAUAACGUCAUCGCCGAGUAUUUUUUUGACAGAUUUGAUCUCAAUCUUCACACAGCCGGCACGAUAGCAGCCACGUUCGGUAUGGCCAACAUAGUGUCCCGACCCGCCGGCGGGCUUAUGUCCGAUAUGGCUGCACGGCGGUUUGGCAUGAGGGGCAGGCUGUGGAACCUCUGGAUUCUCCAAACACUUGGCGGAGUAUUUUGCAUUUGCCUAGGCCGAGCCAACACACUCCCACUUGCCGUCACAUCAAUGAUCCUCUUCUCAAUCGGCGCACAAGCCGCUUGCGGCGCCACCUUCGGCAUCAUCCCCUUUAUCUCCCGGAGAUCCCUCGGCGUCAUCUCCGGUCUAACCGGCGCCGGAGGCAACUUCGGGGCUGGCCUGACGCAACUUCUGUUCUUCACGAGCUCAAAAUACUCAACGGCGACGGGGCUGAGUCUGAUGGGAAUUAUGAUCGUUGCGUGCACAACGCCAGUGGCUUUGGUGCAUUUUCCGCAGUGGGGAAGCAUGUUUCUGCCGCCGAGUGAGAGGUGGAGCGAGGAGUAUUACUAUGGGAAGGAGUGGAACAAGGAAGAGAAGGAAAGGGGUCUGCAUCAGGGAAGUCUGAAGUUUGCAGAGAACAGCCGCUCCGAGAGGGGCCGCCGGGUUGUUGCGGUGACGACGCCUCCUGAUUCCAUGCCGGCCUCUGCCUGAAAAAGGAUAUUGGAAAUAAUUUCUCGUGUAAGCUUAUCGUUGUGAUCGUGAGUGCUACUCUAUAAUUAUGUGUUGAAACAAAAAAUAGCUCAUGAAUAUGCAAACAAACAGAUAACGUACAGAUCGCUAGGUUUGCAAAACACUUUCAUCAAAAUGUUUUGAUUAACAAGAAAAACUCAAAAGGCUCAUAAAAGU